UCCUUUAUAAGCGGCGUUCCUGCGAGCAGAGAGCAGUGGCAUCCGCGCUACGAGAUCUUCAACAGCUCCAGCCGCCUUCAGCCGAACGCGACCUCGACUCCCGCUCCGUCUACAGCUGACCAUUACUCCCCGAUCGAUCCGCCAGCUCAGACCCGCUGAAACCACGCUUCGCCUACGAUCCGAGCCGCUUGUAUAUAUUGUAUAUAUUAUUUGACAAUAAAACCAUUUGGUUUACGUGCCAAAUAACUGGUGACCCCGUCGAAGAAACCUUCCAGCAAAUCAAAUCUGCACUUUUUAGUGCUGCUAUUAUAAGAAAAAGAACCGUACCUCUCUUCGCUCCUAGAGCCCGUAGCCAGCGAACCCGACGGCACGGCCAACGCGGAAGCCAAUACCAGCAUGCCUGAUCCUCAAGUCCCAGUCGAAGGACCGACUGAGCAUCUAGACCGUCCCAUGUCAACCAUCAACCGCGUGGCAGUCAAACCACCACCGUUUUGGAAGAGUGACCCCAGCCUGUGGUUCCGCCAACUCGAGGCGCAAUUCCAUAUCUCCGGCAUCACCGACGACACUACGCGUUUUUACACAGCUGUCGCAGCCAUAGACACGCAGAUUUUAUCCCAGGUGUCAGACAUCAUCAACGAUCCACCACCGACGGACAGCGAGAGCGAGGAGCGACGCCUGCAGAAACUCCUGGGGGCCAUGGAGUUAGGUGACCUCAAGCCGUCCCAACUCAUGCUUCAUCUCCGGAAUCUAGGAGGUUCUCGCAUCGGCAACGACAUCCUUAAAUCACUGUGGUUAGCACGACUCCCACAGCAACACCAGGCGAUUCUCGCAGUCAGCACACAAGAUCUCGAUCAGCUGGUGUCCAUGGCAGACAAAUUACACGAGGUAUACAACCAGUACAGCAUUUCGGAAGUGUCCAGAAGCCAGUCCUCAGCGGCAUCACCCGUCGAUCUGGAAGCUACAGUCGCACAGCUUGCCUCCACGGUCAAGGAUUUAGCAGCUACCGUAAGCACACUUCAGACGCAGGACAGAGUUAGAUACAGGCAACGUACACGAUCGCGUCCACGUACGCCCAAUCACAACGCCGAAUCCCGCCCAGAGCACUGCUGGUAUCACCGCAAGUUCGGUUCCAGGGCCAAAAAUUGUUAUCAACCCUGCUCAUACCAAGCCUCCAACUCGGAAAACUAAUUCUUUCGUCGCCAGCAGCGGUACUGCGCGACGAGCCAAGAAACAUCUGCCGCCUACUCGUCAAAGACUCCAUAUCAAACACACAGUUUCUGGUGGACACAGGAGCCGACGUAUCAGUGUUUCCGGUUUCCAGUUCACGUCGCCGCCUUGGCCCGGAUAAGUAUAAGCUCUUCGCUGCCAACGGAUCCGUUAUUAACACCUACGGCACCCGGUUGCUGUCCCCAGACCUUGGCCUCCGCAGGAACUUCGUUUGGCAAUUCAUCCUGUGCGACAUCAACCAACCGAUUCUAGGCGCCGAUUUCCUCCGCCAAUUUAAUUUAUUGGUGGACAUGAAAGGACGUAAGUUAAUCGACGGCAAUACGUUAUUAAGUGUUAGUGCAAUCGCGUCCGC